AUGGCAGUGUAUAUCAAGUAUAAAAGUUGUAAGGAUUAUGAUUCAAUACCAAUUCUUGAUCAUUUUAUUUCUGUUGGGAAUUUGAAAUCAAAAAUAUUUGAAUCCAAGCGUUAUGGUUGGGGUAAAGAUUUCGACCUUCUUCUCACCAACGUACAAACUAACGAAGAUUAUGUUGAUCAUGCCACCUUGAUUCCUGCAAGUACAAGUGUUUUGAUUCGUCGGCUUCCUGGAUUACCUUGCUGCCCCAUACUAAUUAAAGAGGAUCCCAAGCAAGUGGUGUGUAAACAGGAGGAGGUUCAUUCAGUUAAAAAAGAGUCCAAAUAUUCUCAAGACGAUGAUUUUGGCGAUGAUGUGUAUGCAAUUCCAAAAGUAGUAAUGCCAAGUCAAUUAGGCAAUCCAGUGCCCACUAGUACUAGUAGUAUAAUCAAGAAUUCAAUUGUCAACAUAUCACUUGAGUAUAAUAAUAACACAAGAUCAGCUGGCUUUAGUGUUGGACAAGGUGGAAUGGAACGGAAAAAACCACCACCGGGGUAUGUGUGUCAUCGAUGCAAGGUGCCUGGGCAUUUCAUUCAGCAUUGCCCUACAAAUGGUGACCCCAAUUAUGACAUCAAGAAAGUAAAUGCAAGUGUUGCUGUUUUGAUGGCAGCUUUUACUAAGGAGGUUGAAGGAUCUUCUUCUUCAUCGUCUUCUAAGCGUUCCUAUAGAGAUAUACCAGCAGAGCUUCACUGCCUAUUGUGUAAAGGAUUAAUGAAAGAUGCAAAUAUACUUGUUGAUGCUCUCUUGCCUAAUUUGACUCUAAGAGCCACAGUAAACAGAAUCUUACAGUCUUGUAGGACACGGGUAGAAGAGUUUCCACGAGCUGUUGAAGAAGUAAAUAUGAAGAAACCAAGUGAAUGA